CAUCAUGAACCCCGAUUGUCUUGGAAGCUGUCAGGCCUGGCUGUUCGGCUGGCUCAGACCUUUGGGCUGCACAGAGAGGAUAGUUUCGUUGGGCUGUCGAUAUAUGAGGUGGAGAUGCGACGCAGGCUUUGGUGGCAAAUUGCUAUUUUGGAUGCACCGUCUGCGGAGGCUUACUCUGGAGAAUACAACCUCAGCUCUGACACCAACCCGCCCCGGAACCUAGACGACGCACAGAUAUAUCCCGCCAUGGCAGAGUACCCGCCUGAAGCAAGACGCAUCACAGAGAUGACCUUUACGCUA